AUUUACCAAUCAAAUCAGAAUGAGUUGUGUUUGACUGUAAAGGGUAAGGCCAGAGCAUGCAAUCUUGGCCAUGGCCGCCAAUUUUCGUCCCCUCGCGCCAUAAAUUUAGCUUCAGAAUCAGCGCUUUGUUUGACCGAACUAAAAUCGGAUUAUUCUUCAACGGAGCGAAACAAUAACGCAGUGAUUUCUGCAGUGAGAAAAGUCAUUUGAAAUCGGACUCCAAAAUUUGGGGACGGAGAAGACAGGAGGAUGGGUUCUUUCCACUGAAUCAACCGAGCUUCCGUCUCUCUUUUCCCUCUUCUGUAUUCGAUUCUGAGGCUAUGGUGGCGCCAAAGGGCACUGGUUUGCUCGAUACCGGCCAUGCUCGUCUCAAUGAGCUCGGAUACAAACAAGAGCUCAAGCGCGACCUCUCGGUCGUUUCUAAUUUUGCGUUUUCGUUUUCGAUUAUCUCGGUGCUCACUGGUAUAACCACUCUUUACAAUAACGGGCUGAAUUUUGGCGGCCCCGUUUCGUUGGUUUAUGGAUGGUUUAUUGCUGGGAUUUUCACCAUGUUUGUUGGGUUGUCCAUGGCUGAGAUCUGUUCCUCGUAUCCAACUUCUGGAGGUCUCUACUAUUGGAGUGCCAAGCUUGCGGGUCCAAGUUGGGCUCCUUUUGCCUCUUGGAUGACUGGCUGGUUUAACAUUGUUGGACAGUGGGCUGUCACAACAAGUGUUGACUAUUCACUUGCUCAGCUAAUUCAAGUGAUAGUUCUACUUAGCACAGGGGGUAAAAACAAUGGUGGAUAUGAGGCAUCUAAAUAUGUAGUGAUUCUUUUCCAUGGUGCAAUUUUGUUAGUACAUGCUAUCAUGAACAGCCUGCCCAUUUCAUGGUUGUCUUUCUUUGGACAGUUUGCUGCAGCAUGGAACUUCAUAGGUGUUAUUCUUCUUACAAUUCUCGUUCCCUUGGUCGCAACGGAAAGGGCCAGUCCCAAGUUUGUUUUCACUCAUUUCAAUACUGAUAAUGGGGAAGGAAUUAACAGUAGACUUUACAUAUUUGUUUUGGGACUUCUGAUGAGUCAAUAUACCCUAACUGGAUAUGAUGCUUCUGCUCAUAUGACAGAGGAAACAAAGGAAGCUGAUAAGAACGGACCGAGAGGAAUAAUUAGUUCCAUUGGGAUAUCAAUUGUUGUUGGUUGGUGUUACAUACUCGGCAUCACCUUCGCCGUUACCAGCAUCCCAAACCUUUUGGAUGAAAACAAUGAUGCGGGAGGUUAUGCCAUUGCUGAAAUAUUUUAUCAAGCGUUCAAGAGUAGAUAUGGCAGUGGAGUUGGAGGAAUUAUUUGCUUAGGCGUGGUAGCCAUUGCAAUAUUCUUCUGUGGAAUGAGUUCAGUCACUAGUAACUCCAGGAUGGCUUAUGCAUUCUCCAGAGAUGGGGCGAUGCCAUUUUCGUCAUUGUGGCAUAAAGUGAACCAGAACGAGGUUCCCAUAAAUGCAGUUUGGCUCUCUGCUUUCAUUUCAUUUUGUAUGGCGUUAACGUCUCUUGGAAGCACAGUGGCAUUUAAUGCUAUGGUCUCUAUAGCAACAAUUGGUCUGUACAUUGCAUAUGCCUUGCCCAUAUUUUUUAGGGUGACUUUGGCAAAGAGGUCCUUUGUGCCGGGACCUUUCAACUUGGGCCGCUAUGGAAUCUUCGUCGGUUGGGUGGCAGUUCUUUGGGUGGCGACGAUUUCGAUCCUCUUUUCGUUGCCUGUCGAGUACCCUGUCACUAACGAGACUCUCAACUACACUCCUGUUGCAGUUGGCUGCUUGUUGAUUGUUACCGUUUCUGUCUGGGUCGUGAGGGCUCGGCAUUGGUUCAAAGGGCCUGUAACCAACAUACAAAGCUGAAGCUAACAGUGUUCUCUUCUUGCAAAUAAACAACAGUGUAAGAUAGUUUUUAGUUUAUCAUUGUUGUUCUGUUUUCCAGUUACACUUUUGCAUCUAGCGCUUAUGGAUGCUGCAUAUGUUCAAGAAUUAUAGAAUAGAACAUAUGGAACAUCAAAUAGGCAUUGUAAAAAAGUAGCUUCAUAAAUCGAAUGUAGUUCAUUGCUGCUAUGGGAUGUGAUACAUAUUCGAACUUCUAAUCAUCAAUUUUUAAAAAAUAUUGUAGUUUUAGAA